GCUGCCUGUUGUCGUUUUUGUUAUCACAAAGUGACAAAUGCGAUCAGGACUUGUUAUUUUUAAGCUUUUACAACACGUUUUUUGACCAAGCAAUACAUAUGAGACCUUUUCUCCAUGCUUGGGUUAUGAUGAGGACCACCGCCGCUCUGCUCUCUCUGUAUUUUUGGGUAAACACUGACAUCCAUGCUGCUCAAACAGGUUCGAAAUGUGGAAUUUCUCAAGUGUGGAACCCGACGGUUUCCUCUCUGAGGGUGGUAGGAGGAACUGAAGCCAUGUACGGAUCACACCCGUGGUUGGUUUCCCUCCAGAACAGGGGCUCUCAUUUCUGUGGAGGAUCCAUCUUGAGUGACUGCUGGAUAAUGACUGCUGCACACUGCUUCACAUCUUUGUCAAAAGAGUUUCUCAGUGGUGUGAGAGUCCUUGUUGGAGAGUUUGACCAGAGAGUACACGAUGAGGAGGAGCAAGUCUUUCUGGUCAAGUCUGUCUCAGUCCAUGAAAAGUACAACCCUGCUCUGCCGAUGAACUAUGACAUAGCUCUCAUAGAGCUGAACCAACGCAUCCAGAUGGGAGCUCGUGUCCAGCCGAUAUGUCUGCCUUUACCUAAUGACAAUAUCCUUCCUCAGACCGCUUGCAUGACGGCUGGAUGGGGGAGGAUAAAGGAACGGGGUCGUCUUCCUAUGGUUCUGAGAGAGGUGCAUUUGGAUUUGGUUGACCGAGCCAAAUGUAAAUAUGUCCUCCAAACUCUUAAAGGUUCUAUGAUGAACCAGAGACUCGUCCGGCCUCAGCCGAGCAUGACAGUUCUGUGUGCCGGCCCAGAGACAGGAGGGAGCGAUGCCUGUCAGGGAGACUCAGGAGGUCCUUUGGUGUGUCCAGCAGGGUCAGAAGGUCAUCGCUGGGUGGCGCUGGGCGUGACUUCCUGGGGUAAAGGAUGUGGUAGGAGCUGGGGAAACAACAGCAGCCGGCCCCCUUCCAAACGAGGUUCUCCGGGGAUUUUCACUGACGUCAGGCUGCUGCUGCCUUGGAUCAAGCGUAAAUUGAGAGAGGCUGAGCACCAGCAGCAGACAACGGUUUCAUCAAGACUCUGCAGUGUGAGAGAUGGGCCUGUGUCUGACAUUAACGGGGUAAUCAAAAAUCCCAGGCUCCAUGGCGAUCGCUAUGACAACAACCAGUUGUGUUUGUGGAGCAUCAGCGUUCCUCCAGGUUAUAGUAUUCUGCUGGAGUUCGAUCUUUUUGACUUGGAGAACGACUCGUACUGUCGGUAUGAUCGACUCACUGUUUCAGUAGGAAGCCAUCGGCCUGUUGGGAUAUUCUGUGGAAGUGUGCUGCCCGGCCCAGUUCUUCUAAAUAAUUCCCACAAUGCCACACUUCUCUUUUCCUCUGAUGUUAGCAGAGCAGGAAGUGGCUUUGUAAUUAGGCACCAUGCAGUCAAAGGACACUCUCAUCCUGGAUGUGGAACACUUGUUCUGGUUGACGAUAAGGCUUCUAUACACAGUCCAAAUCACCCACAAGCCUACAGUAAUGACUGUGUCCUCCACUGGGUAAUCCAUGCUCCUCUGGGUCAUGUGGUUAAGCUGGAGUUUACUGAUUUUGACCUGGAGGAGUCAGAGAGAUGCUUGUAUGAUUCCCUCACUGUCCUGGGAGAUGUUGAAGGAACAGAGGAGAUUGCCUUGCUGUGUGGCGGCACUAUCCCUCCUCCUGUCCUUUCCUACCACAGCACCAUGGUGCUUCGGUUUACGUCGGACAGCAGCAUCACUCAUAGGGGUUUCAGGGCUACACUGACAUUCAUCAGCAUUACAGACCUUCAGAACCAAAAGAGGACAGAUGUUGAGGAUCUGCCAGAUGUUUUGACAACUUUUGAACCAGUUGUGCAGCAGUACAGAACCAGAGCCCUGCCUCACCGGGCCGAUGUGGACCAUGACGCCUCAGAGGAUGUUACCUUAAAUGUGGACCGGAGUGUAGAUGAAGAUUACAGUAGGGAAUCAUCAGAGCUGGCACAGUAACCUGCAGGAAGGAGGCUACCUGUUAAAUUCUGCUGUCUUUAAGUCUGCUGCUGCUGCCUCAGAAUGCAAAAACGGGAGUUUUCAAUCGCUUGUCUGUUACUUGUUGCUGUUUCCUAGAAUGCUUGCUCUCCAGUUUUCAACAUACUGAUAGUUCAAGAACCACACUGGUAGUUUAGUUUAGUCAUUUUUGUUACAGAAACCUCAGGAUAUUCCUCGCACCAUUUUGUCAUCUUGCUAUUUUCUUACCCUGAAGUUAUGCUCAAGUAUUAAAGGCUGUAUUAAAAA